CCCAGUCCCCAAGUCAGCCCGGGCCUCCCUUCACCUCCCAACUAGCACCCAUACUAGGGCCGUCCUGCUACGGGUCUUCAAAGCCCUCUCGACCCUUUGUCCCGAUCCUGAGUCACCACGUGUCCUUACCUUCCAGCCCCUCCAGGACUCUAGCUGGGACCCUGCUCUCCAACCUCCUUAAGAGAGUCAACCUUCACUAGGCCCCCCACCUCCCGCUAGCUCCCCGACCCCGCAGAGUCAUCUUCCGCCCAGCCUCCCAGAGGCUGCAACCCUCACUGCUGGCAAAACUAGUGACCGACCACCACCCCCUCCGCCCCCCAUUAUAGCUCUUUUCACUCCCACCUGCCGCAAUAUCUCGAAUCUUUGAUUUUCUUCCAGUCCCAGAGUUUAUUCCCUUCCCUCCCCCACUCCAGAUUUCGUCUUUCUCAUUCUCCCUCGGCUGCAGUCUUCAUUCCCCCUUUUAAGCAUUUCCUGGGAUGGAAAUGCUGGCGAAAGAGUCUUGGAUAUUAGAGACUAAAAGUAUGUAUACAUUUUAUAUAUAUACAUGCAAUUGAUUUCAGCAAGUUUCUGAAGCCACAACGUGAUUCUCAGGCUUCAAUCUAGAAGCUAGAAGAGUAAACAAACAAACAAAAAGCCCCCAACCCCCCAAACUCCACCACCUAAACCCAACAAUUAGAGACGUCUGAGGUUUGAGGGCGUCAGACCCAUGAUUAGUUUUCAGUGAUAACGCUUAAUUGUGAAACUUUUUCAUUAGUCCAUAUUCAGAUAGGGUCCCUGGAGGCAAGACUGAUCCGAUGUUUGUGUGCAUAAUUUGUGUUUUACACUUGACAGACACCAGAAGAAAUAGAAAGAUUGACAGUUGAUGAAGACCUCAGUGAUAUUGAAAGGGCUGUUUAUCUGCUCAGACUUAGCUUUGGAACCAAACCCUUCUGACCACCCAAGAGCCAGCACAAUCUUUCUGAGCAAAUCUCAAACAGCUGUGCGGCAAAAGAAGAAGAGCAACCAUUUAAACCAUGUAUCUCCAGGGCAGCUUACUAAAAAGUAUAACUCAUGCUCAACAAUAUUUCUAGAUGACAGCAUAGUCAGACAGCCUAAUCUUAGAACCACACUAAAACGUAUGACCUUAGCAAUAUAUUACCACAUAAAGAACAGAGAUGCAGAUAGAUCCUUGGAUAUUUUUGAUGAGAGAUUACAUCCACUCACACGAGAAAAGAUUCCAGAGGAAUACUUCGAGCAUGAUCCUGAACACGAAUUCAUUUACAGAUUUGUUCAUACUCUUUUUAGUGCCGCACUGCUAACUGCUGACUGUGCAGUAGUAACUUUGGUUUACUUAGAAAGGCUUUUAACUUAUGCUGAGAUCGACAUUUGCCCCACUAACUGGAAAAGAAUUGUUUUGGGAGCCAUUCUUCUUGCCUCCAGGCUUUGGGACGAUGAUGCUGUACGGGAUGUGGAGUACAGCCAGAUCCUCAAGGACGUUACAGUUGAGGACAUGAAUGAGAUGGAAAGGCACGUCCUGGAGCUACUUCACUUUAAUAUUAAUGUUCCUUUCAGUGUGUAUGCCAAAUACUACUUUGACCUUCGCUCCUUAGCACAUGACAACAACCUGAAUGUUCUAUUCACUCCUCUUACCAAACAAAGAGCACGGAACUACGAGGCCAUUUCCAGAUUGUGUGACGACGAAUACAAAGACGUGUGUAGAGCUGCUAUGAGAAGGUCUUUCAGCGCUGAUCAUUUCAUUGGUAUUCGGCGCUCCAAUGCCAUCCUCUCUUAAGGGAGAAGUGAGGGGUUGUAACAUCAUAAACCCCUCGAAACAAGGACUGGAGAAAUAGCACCUCUCCUGCUCAGAAACCAGCAAAGUUAGUAUUUUCACCUUAAAGAAAGACAUUGAAUUCAAGAGACUCAUGGACAAGCGAAGAUUAUGCUCAUAGGAAAGAACGGGACCUCGUCAAUGUAACACGCUCUUCUGUCCUUUUUAUUGUAAACAGAGUUACAAAAACCACUCCAAAGCUAAAAGCUCCCAAUCCAUGCACAGAUAUCUGCUCCCAAUCGACACACAGAUAUCUGAUAGCUGAGAACUAUGUGAGGUUUUUUAAUUAAUAGCUUAAAUUUUUAGACUUUAAAGACUUUAGACUUUAACUAUAUAAAGACUUUUAACUAUUUAAA